AAACAAGCCAAAAAAAAAAAAAAAAAAAUCUGAGGCUUCAUCGUGGUGGAACAAUUGUGAGAAAAAAGCUUUGAACACACAGUUCGAGUUCUUACAUAUGUAAACUGAGCUAUGUCUGGUAAGCACAAUGAAUCAUCUAAGUGGAAAAAAAAAAAUCAGACCAUAAAAGGGGGAAGGGUGACUAAAAUUUAUUCAUUAAUUACUAUGUGUUCAAUUGCUUCCUUAUUUCUCAGUUCAGAUGACUUCUUCCUCUAGGUGAUGACCCUUCCUGUACUGUGCCUAGUAACCUUAGACCUCUGACUGCCCAGAAAGCUUCAAAAGAAUAUUUGACACAACCAGCAUCUCCCAGUUCUGGACUACUCUAUCUCCCUCUCUCCCUCCAGUAAAACUAUCUCACAGCUAGAUGUCACACAGCAACAGUCCAGUAAAUUAAUACAUAUACCAAAUUUUUAGGAUGAACAAUACCUUUACCUGCUAAUCUUCUCUUGUAAGUUUUUGCAAAGCCAAAAGUCACGAGGUGAAAUUUGAAUCUUCAGUAUCAGGUUUAUGGAAAAGGUAUUUUUUGAGAAAUACUCUCCUAUGCCCCUCUAAUCAUACAGUCUAAGAGGCCUUGCCAUCUUUUUUCCAGUAAGAUGGACUCUAAAGACCACAAAGGCCUCGUUUCCUGUCCUUCGCUGGAAUGUGGAAAUCGUGUCUAUAUCGUGUCUAUAUAAUCGUGUUCGAAGACGCCUGCAAAAUUAGGUCAGAUAAACAGGGUGGCAACUGCCACAACAACUUUAGAAGAGGCAGUAUCCAACCCUUGCAACUUUCGCUACGGUCUCCAGAUGGGAUCGCCCAGGCAAGACUUUAGAAUCAAACAAAAGAAAGCUUUCUGGCAUUUUAACAAAAUAAGAUUUUUUUUCCCUAGGAUUCACGUUCACCCUCCUCUAUGAUUUCUUGGUCCUCCCAAGGCGCCUACCCUCCCAAAGUAUGAGAAAACAGAGGGCUGGGACGGGGAUUCUCUCAUUUCCCUGGUGCUACAGCAACGGCUAAACCAGGACUGGCCUCGCGAAAUGGCUUGUAAGGGCCAAAACGAACUUUUAGAAGAGAGAAGGGAAGACGCAGGGUUUCACCGCUGGGCGGGACGCGCAAGUUCCUCUUCCACAGGAGGGGUUCCGCUAGGCCCCGCCCCGGCCCCGCCCAUCACCGGAAAUGAGGCAGCGGAAGUAGUAAAAAGCUCUCCGAGGGAGGCGGGAGCGCCGCGGAGGUGGCUGGCCGGUGGGAUGGCAGAUGAAGAAGAGGAUCCCACCUUUGAGGAAGAAAGUGAAGAAAUUGGAGGAGGUGCAGAAGGUGGACAGGGUAAAAGAAAGAGACUUUUUUCUAAAGAAUUAAUGCAUAACUACAACCUAAUCAUGAGGAAACAUCAGACAAACCGUAGCUGAAGGACAUGCUACAAGAUAAUUGACCAGUAUUCUUCAGAAGUGUCAAGGUUGUAAAAGACAAGGAAAGUUUGAGGAACUGAUACGGAACGGAGGAAAACUAAGGAGACACGACAACUAAAUAGUGUGGGAUCCUGAAACAGAAAAAGUACACUAGUGGAAAAUCUGGUACAAUCUGAGUAAGUUCUGUACUUGUACCAGUGUUAAUUUCUUAGUUUUGAUAAAUAUCUUUGGUUGUGUGAGAUGUUAACAUAAGGGGAAACUGGAUAUAGGGAUUCUGGAACUCCAUGCUAUUUAUUUUUGCAGCCCUUCUUUAAGUCUGAAAUUAUCUUAAAAACAAAUUUUUUUUCCAGAAUCCCAAAAAAGAGAGAAGGGAGAAAAUAUUGCCUCUUGUGUUUGUUUUCUCCUUUCUGUAUCUGAACCUAAAGAUUCUUGCCAGGAUAAACCCUCCAGGGCACUUCUCUAUCCCAGACUGGCUUCUUGGUCAUCCCUUUGUUUUCUCCUUUCUUUUCUUCCACGGGUCUGGUCUACUUUCUUCUUAGUUCUGCCUGCUUUUGCUUCUCCUAAGUAGGAAUUACUCUUUUUUUCUUUUUUAGGAAUGAUUCUUAAUGUACUCCUUCCUACUUCUAGAAGUGUUCUGGGAAUCCCUUCCUGUUUGGCUGCGCUGGCUCUUUGUUGCUACACUCUGGAUCUUUAGGUGCAGCCUGUGGGAUCUAGUUCCCUGACCAGGGAUGGAAUCUGGGCCCCCGGCAUUGGGAGCCUGGAGUGUCUUAGUCACUGGACACCAGGGAAGUUCCCCCCACCCCCUGCCUUUUUUUUUAACAUAAAACUUACAUACAAUGAAUUACACUAAUCUUUACUGAACAGCUUGAUGAACUUUAUAUGUACUUAAAAUCAGCAGUCAGAUCAAAAUAGAAGACAUUUCUAACAUGACAAAAUUUCUUAGUAUUUAUAUACCCCUUUAGGGCUUCCCUGAUGGCUCAGAUGUUAAAGAAUCUGCCUGCAGUGGGGGAGACCUGGGUUCAAUCCCUGGGUUGGGAAGAUUCCCUGGAGGAGGGCAUGGCAACCUACUCCAGUAUUCUUGCCUGGAGAAUUUCCGUGGAUAGAGGAGCUUGGCGGGCUGUAAAAUCCAUGGGGUUGCAAAGAGUCAGACAUGACUGAGUGACUAAGCACACACACAUACACAUAUAUACCAUACCUCUUUGAGAAUCUGAUACAAAUUGAUUCUUCUUCCAGAGAAAGUGCACACACAAAUAAUAUAUAAAAUUUUUCCAUAUAAUUUCAGUAGGGUUCCAGGACGUCUCAAAGCUUGUCUGUGGACUGAUUGGGAAUUUAUAGACUAUAGGAUUAAGAAUCCAUAUGGAUCCUAUCUGCCCUAAGUUAUUAAGAAAUGUAACUGUUGUGGGUAGGAGUAUAGAUUCUGGAGCCAGAUCCUCUGAGUUUAAAUUCAAGUUCAAUCUCACUGUUUGUGUGACCUUGGAUAAAUUACUUAACACUAUGCCUCAAUUUUCUCAUCUGUAUAUAAUGGGGGUGAUAGUGGUUUCUAGUUCAAAGGAUUGUCAUGAGGAUUAAAUGAGUUUACAACAAUGGCUGGCAUGUCCUAAGGGAUAUAUAAAUGGUUGGGGCAAAACCUGAAUUACAGUGAUAUUGAAUGGUUUGCCUUGGAAACAAACCAAGAUCAUUCUGUUGUUUUUGAGGUUGCACCCAAGUACUGCAUUUUGGACUCUUUUGUUGGUUAUGAGGGCUUCUUGAUUUCUCCUAUGGCAUUCUUGCCCACGGUAGUAGAUAUAAUGAUCAUCUGAAUUAAAUUCGCCCUCUCCCAUCCAUUUUAGUUCACUGGUUCCUAAAAUGUCAGUGUUUACUGUUUAACAUCUCCUGCUUGACCACGUCCAGUUUACCUUGAUUUGUGGACCUAGCAUUCCACGUUCCUAUGCAAUACUGUUCUUUACAGCAUUGGAUUUUAUUUUCUUCACCAUACACAUCCACAACUGAGUGUUGUUUCCACUUUGGCCCAGCUGCUUCAUUCUUUCUGAAGCCAUUAGUAGUUAGUAGUUGUCCUCCCCAGUAGCAUAUUGGAUACCUUCCAACCUGGGGGACUCAUUUUUUGGUGUGAUAUCUUUUUUUGCCUUUUUAUACAAUUCAUAAGGUUCUCAAUGGCAAGUAUACUGGGGUAGUUUGCUUUUCUUUCCUCCACUGGAUCAUGUUUUGUCAGAACUCUCCACUAUGACCCAUCUGUCUUGCGUGGCCCUGCGUUCGUGACUCAGCUUCAUUGAGGUACGAAAUCUCUUUCACCACGAGAAGACAGUGAGCUGUGAAGGGGUUUACCUAUUAGUAGUUACUUUUAUUACUUUGUAUUAUACUUUUCUUCUCUUUUGCAUUUUUUCUGAAGCCUAAAAGGGCUUCGCUGGCAGUUGCUUUGAUUCAGGGAAUAAAAUGUCAAGAUUCUGUAUUAUAAGCUCUUGCUUUCUCCUUUUGAUUAACCAGUUCUUCCUGUGAGAAGGUAAUUGGAGCUUUCUCUUAUGUCCUCUUCCUUAUAGUUGUAUCAUAAAGGAUUUUGCCUUCUUUUUUCCAACCCUCCUCCCCCUGAAAACAUAGUUAAACCAUUACUACUCAUCCUUUUCCUGCCAAGAAGUUUCCUACUUAAAGGUAUUCUGGGGUUGUUGGUGAGUAGAUAAUAGAGGUUAGGGAAGAAUAUUGACAUCAGGGUUCAGUAGCUAGGCGAGAAGGGGAGUUUCUGCCUAGGAAAGGCUAAGUAAGAACAGUUGGUUAUGAGCUAGUGAUUAAUACCUUUCAUACCAAAAUUCAUACUUGGAGACAACAAAUAUAAUGUAAAUAUACUUUUAUACCAAUAUCUUCUGUACCUUGGUUCAAUUCUAAUAUGAAAAAAGUAUAAGUCAAGUUUUUUUAAGUAAACAAAAAUGAUU